CUUCUGCUGGCGCUGCUGCUGGCGCUGGGCGAGCUGCCGCAGGUGGGGGCCGUCGAGGAGGAGCCUGGCAAGGAGCACGAAGAAAGUCAGGGCUUCCAGGUGGUCACAUUAAAAUGGCACCACGUCCAGGAACCGUAUAUCAUCGCGCUCUGGAUCCUCGUGGCCAGCGUGGCCAAGAUUGGCUUCCACCUGUCCCACAAGGUCACCAGCGUGGUCCCUGAGAGUGCACUGCUCAUUGUGGUGGGCCUGGUGCUAGGCGGCAUCGUCUGGGCAGCCGAACACAUCGCCUCCUUCACACUCACGCCCACCGUCUUCUUCUUCUACCUGCUGCCACCCAUCGUGCUGGACGCCGGCUACUUCAUGCCCAACCGGCUCUUCUUCGGCAACCUGGGCACCAUCCUGCUGUACGCUGUCAUCGGCACCGUGUGGAACGCGGCCACCACCGGCCUUUCCCUCUAUGGCGUCUUCCUCAGCGGCCUGAUGGGAGACCUGAACAUCGGGCUGUUGGAUUUUCUCCUGUUCGGCAGCCUGAUCGCUGCUGUGGACCCGGUGGCCGUGCUGGCGGUGUUUGAGGAGGUUCAUGUCAACGAAGUCCUGUUCAUCAUUGUCUUUGGGGAGUCACUGCUGAAUGACGCUGUCACUGUGAGAGGAAGGGCAGCUCAGCGUUACGUCCUGCCCCUUGCAGUGUCCUUCUUCGUGGUGAGCCUGGGGGGCACGCUGGUGGGGGUCGUGUUCGCUUUCCUGCUCUCCCUGGUGACCCGCUUCACCAAGCACGUGCGCAUCAUUGAGCCCGGCUUCGUGUUCGUCAUCUCCUACCUGUCCUACCUCACCUCCGAGAUGCUCUCCCUGUCGGCCAUCCUGGCCAUCACCUUCUGCGGCAUCUGCUGUCAGAAGUACGUGAAGGCCAACAUCUCGGAGCAGUCGGCCACCACCGUGCGCUACACCAUGAAGAUGCUGGCGAGCGGGGCCGAGACCAUUAUCUUCAUGUUUCUGGGCAUCUCGGCGGUGAACCCCGAAUACUGGAAGUGGAACACGGCCUUCGUGCUCCUGACGCUGGUCUUCAUCUCCGUGUACCGAGCCAUCGGUGUCGUGCUGCAGACCUGGAUCCUGAACCGGUACCGGAUGGUGCAGCUGGAGAUCAUCGACCAGGUGGUCAUGUCCUAUGGCGGCCUGCGGGGUGCUGUGGCUUUUGCCCUGGUGGUCCUUCUGGAUGAGAACAAGGUCAAGGAGAAGAACCUCUUUGUCUGCACCACCAUCGUCGUCAUCUACUUCACUGUCAUCUUCCAGGGCCUGACCAUCAAGCCCCUGGUGCAGUGGCUGAAGGUGAAGAGGAGUGAGCACCGUGAGCCCAAACUCAAUGAGAAGCUGCAUGGCAGGGCUUUCGACCACAUCCUCUCAGCCAUCGAGGACAUAUCAGGGCAAAUCGGACACAAUUACCUCAGAGACAAGUGGUCCAAUUUUGAUAGAAAAUUCCUCAGCAAAAUCCUUAUGAGAAAGUCAGCCCAAAAGUCACGAGAUCGAAUUCUUAAUGUUUUCCAUGAGCUCAACUUGAAGGAUGCCAUCAGCUACGUGGCCGAGGGAGAGCGCCGUGGGUCCCUGGCCUUCAUUCGCUCCCCCAGCACGGACAACAUGGUCAACGUAGACUUCAGCACACCACGCCCCUCCACUGUGGAGGCCUCCGUCUCCUACCUGCUGAGGGAGAAUGUCAGUGCGGUGUGCCUGGACAUGCAGUCCCUGGAACAGAGAAGGAGGAGCAUCCGCGACACAGAGGACAUUGUCACUCACCACACGCUGCAGCAGUACCUGUACAAGCCCCGGCAGGAGUACAAACAUCUCUACAGUCGACACGAGUUAACUCAGGACGAAGAUGAGAAGCAAGACAAGGAGAUCUUCCACAGAACCAUGAGGAAGCGCCUGGAGUCCUUCAAGUCGACCAAGCUGGGCAUCAACCAGAACAAGAAGGCGGUCAAACUGUAUAAGCGAGAGCGUGCCCAGAAGCGGAGAAACAGCAGUAUUCCUAAUGGGAAACUGCCAAUGGAGAACCCCAUACACAAUUUCACCAUUAAGGAAAAAGAUUUGGAACUUUCAGACCCAGAAGAGAACCCCAACGAUGCUGAGGAGAUGAGUGGGGGGAUUGAGUUCCUGGCGAAUGUCACCAGGGACACAGCAACAGACUCCCCCUCAGGAAUUGACAACCCUGUGUUCUCCCCGGAUGAGGACCUGAGCAUCCUGUCCAGGGUGCCACCCUGGCUGUCUCCCGGGGAGACAGUGGUGCCCUCCCAGAGGGCCCGCAUGCAGAUCCCCCACUCUCCCGACAACUUCCACCGCCUGGGUCCCUUGCGCCUCAGCAACAAGUCCGUGGACUCCGUCCUGCUGGCUGAGGGCCCCAAGGAGCAGCCUCACACCACUCCGCCUGAGUCCACGCACAUGUGACACGGGCUCUGACGUGCCGCUGACAGGACGC